UGCAUAUACAUACACGCGUCAUCAAUGCCCAUGCUUUAGAUUACCUUGUCCAAAACCAAAACUUUUUGUCAAUUCAUUUCUUGUUGUUAGACUCUGCUUCUUUCUCCAACUUCACACACAAAAAAACAUGGCAAAGGAUAGAACAAUUGGUGUGGCUCUAGAUUUCUCCAAAAGCAGCAAGAAUGCUCUGAAAUGGGCAUUUGAGAACUUAGCCGAUAAAGGUGACACCAUUUAUGUCAUUCACAUCAACCCAAACUCUCUAGACGAGUCCCGCAACAAGCUAUGGGCAAAAUCUGGUUCUCCUCUUAUUCCUUUGGUAGAGUUCAGAGAGCCUGAGAUUAUGAAAAAGUAUGAUGUUGAAAUUGAUAUUGAGGUUCUUGAUAUGCUUGACACUGCUUCAAGACAAAAAGAGAUCCACAUUGUUACAAAAAUAUAUUGGGGGGAUGCAAGAGAGAAGCUUUUGGAUGCUAUUGAAGAUCUGAAGCUGGAUUCGCUGGUUAUGGGAAGCAGGGGCCUCAGCACAAUCCAAAGGAUCAUAUUGGGAAGUGUAAGCAACUUUGUGAUGACAAAUGCUCCUUGCCCUGUGACUAUCGUCAAGGAACCACCUAGCAGCAGCAAGUAAAGAUGAUCACUUUGGGAGAGAACAUUUAAAUUUCAUAUGAUAUUUUUCUUGGAUUGUACCUGAACUAGUUGGGUCAAUUCCCUUACAGUUCGCUCCUUUCCUAAGUAUUAGUUUGGUGUCUAAGACGAGAAUUUGAAUUAUAUAUAAGAUUUACUGUACUUUAUAACUUUCACUGCUUGACUUUAUUGAUGGAAUAAUUUAAUUUGAGUGCCAUAUAAGGUCAUCAGUCCUCCAAAA